AUGACAUCCAGUAAACAGGAUCGAACACUUAAAAGACAAGGACACUAUGCAUUUAUCAAAUCAUCUAAAACAUGUACUAAGAAAACAAACCUGUUUUUCUUGAAGACCCACAAGACGGGCAGUUCUACGGUGCAGAACAUACUUAUGCGGUUCGGAAGUGCUAAAAACCUAACCUUUGUCUUACCAUCUAAGGGGCAUAUAUUAGGCUGGCCAAGGCCUUUUCAUAGAUCUUUUGUGGGCGGUGGAACAAAAAACACCAUCUACAAUAUUCUCUGCCAUCACACACGCUUUGACUACAAAAACAUCCGGGAUCUUAUGCCAGACGACACUGUUUACAUCACCAUUGUUAGAAAUCCAGUUUACAUGUAUGAAUCCGUAUUUACUUACUUCCGAUUUGAAAAGCAAUUUAAGAUAAACUCUUCUGAGCCUUUUAAAACCUUUCUCGACAAUCCUUCUCAAUUUAUCAAGUUUGGGGGGAAAUCCCCAAUGCGUUACCGCAACCCCAUGUUAUAUGACUUGGGGAAAGACGCAAAAGAGUCGUUCUCAAAACAGGAACAGAAUGUAAAGGCCUACAUUGCUAGGCUGGAAAAAAUAUUUUCUGUUGUCAUGAUAGCAGAUUAUUUCGAAGAAUCACUAAUCUUGCUAAAACACGAGCUUUGCUGGGAUAUCGAUGACGUCACGUUUUUAAAGUUAAACGCUCGAAGAGACGAAUCUAUACGCCACGUUACUAACUUCAUGGCGAAAAAAAUUCGCAAAUUGUGUAAUAUGGACACCAUGUUGUUUAAUCAUUUUAACAAAACUUUAUGGUCUAAACUUUUAAAGCUUCCCUUUGACUGGCGAAAGGAAGUAGCAGUUUUAAAGGAAAAAAACCAUCAGCUACAAAACAAGUGUAUAGAAUCUGACAGUCGUGAAAGAACACAAAUACAGGACGGCCGCUUUAAAGUGUAUGAACCAGCCGGUAUUGCAAUGAAGAGUUUUCAGUUGAAGAAAGGCGCCUUGAUAAACGACACUUGUGUAAACAUGGCCAAAUCAGAAAAGCCCUUCACAUCUGAGCUGCGUAAAAAGAGAAAACAUGAAAUAUUUCAGAGAAGCAUAUAA